CUGAUGGAUCUAGAGAAGUUAACAUCAAAUGUGAAGCAAAUACAAGACGAUGUAUUGACGGAGAUUCUCACACUUACUGCCAACACAGAGUAUCUCCGAGGCUACCUCCAUGGAAGCUCUGAUAAAGAGUUAUUCAAGAAGAACGUACCGAUUGUGAGCUACGAUGAUGUUAGGCCUUAUAUCCAACGCAUAGCGAAUGGAGAACCUUCAGAUAUCAUCUCGGGAAAACCUAUUACUGGAUUUCUCUUGAGCUCUGGAACCUCUGGAGGGAAACUAAAGAUCUUGCCUGCAAACAACAAGUUCUUUGAGGACAUGGCAUUCAUCUUUGCUCUACGAUCUGUCAUUAUAUCAAAGCACAUAGAGGGUGUCCAAAAAGGAAAGGCGGUGAUGUUUUAUUUCACUAAAGCGCCAUCUACAACCCCCUCUGGUUUGCCAGUUUGUCCUGCGAUUAUGAGCUACUUAUUAAGUGACAAUUUCAAGAACCGGCCUGCGAACUGUUUUACAAGCCCUGACGAAGUGACCUCAUGUCCAGAUAACAAGCAGGCUAUGUACUGCCAUCUUCUUUGUGGUCUUGUUAAGAGAGACGAAGUUGUAAGUGUGGCUGCUGUCUUUGCUUUUUCUUUAGUUGGAGCAAUCAAUUUUCUCGAGAACUAUUGGACAGAAAUUUGUAGCAAUAUCCGGUCUGGCCAUGUUAGCGAGUGGAUCACUGAUCUUAGUUGCAGAGACGCUGUUACUAACAUCCUAGGAGGAGGUAAUUCCAAAUUGGCAGAUCUUAUUGAAGAAGAAUGCCAAAAAGAAUCUUGGAAAGGUAUAAUCACACGUCUUUGGCAUAAAACAAAAUACAUACAAUGUGCGCUUACAGGACAAAGUGCUCAAUACAUUCCAAUGUUAGAGUUUUACUCCAACAACGUGCCUUUGAUCUCUCCGAACUACGCGUCUUCUGAAACAAUGUUUGGGGUAAAUGUGAAUCCCUUAUGCAAACCACAAAAUGUAUCCUACACUUUUAUGCCCACCAUGUCGUACUUUGUGUUCCUACUUGCUGAUGAAGGAAGCGAAGGUGAAAUUGUUGAUCUUGCGAAUGUCAAGAUUGGGUCCUACUAUGAGCCUUUGAUCACAAAUUAUUCCGGUUUACACAGAUAUAGAAUGGGAGAUAUUCUACAAGUGUCUGGAUUUUACAACAAUUCACCUCAAUUUAGGUUCGUACGCAGGAAAAAUAUGGUUCUAAGCGUCAACCUUGAAGUAACAACUGAAGAAGACAUUUUGAAGGCAUUGAAUCAUGCAACACUCGUUCUUAAAAAUUCAGAUCUAUUAUUGAUGGGAUUAACAUCUUAUUCUGACAUCUCCACUCUUCCGGGUCACUACGUAUUUUAUUGGGAACUCAAAGCCAAAAACAUUAAUGACACUGUUAAGCUUGAUAACAAGGUAAUGGUGAAAUGUUGUUGUACAAUGGAGGAAUCAUUUAAUGAGGUUUAUCGAAAGAUUAGGAACAGAGAUGGACCUAUUGGAGCUCUAGAGAUAAGGGUAGUGCGACAAGGAACAUUCAAUUCUCUCAUGGAGUUUUUCAUCUCUCUUGGUGCUUCGCCAUCUCAAUACAAGACACCUAUGUGCAUCAACUCUACUGAAGCCUUAGCGGUUCUUGAACAAAAUGUUCUUGCUCGCUUUUUAAGUGACAGGUCCCAACCUCUCUGA